UUCCGUAAAAAUAUUUCUUUAUUUAUAACAAUUAAUUUCUGCACUGCACUAAUAUUCGUGUCGGGAACGAGAAAAACAUUGGUUGAGGGCGGAGCGUUUAUUGAAUUGUGAAACGAAACAGCAUCGUAACCUUGGGCGUGUAUUAAUUAACUCGCUUCUAGCUGCCAGCAGCCAGCGUCUCCCCCAAUAAUUCUGCUGACAUCUCCUCCACCCCUCCUCCGUCCGUCCCCACCUCCUGCCCUGCCCCUAACCAAGUGGCGGAUAUAUAGCAGCAGAGCAAACAUCUGGCGAGAUAAGGGCGCCCUCCCCGCUCCCCGCUCCCCUGCCCAGACCCUCACAACGAAUUUAUUGCAAAAACGGCGCACAACAUUUUUUUGAGCUGCGGAGAAACGUUGAAACCCUCUCCCCUGACCAGAUCGUUCUGUUCGCGCAAGUAUUGGACGGCGACGCCCCCUCACCUCAUCUCGUUGUGUAUCUGAAAUAGGCUAUAGAUUUGUGGACCGAAACGGACGAUGAUUCAUGUCGGCGAGAACACCUGGAACCUGCGGAUCCUCAUCACAGAUCUGCAGGUGGAGAAGACGAUUCGGGUGAAGGGCGAUCAGCACAUUGGCGGCGUCAUGCUCCAGCUGGUUGAUCCGGAAAUGCCCAAGGACUGGUCGGACCAUGCGCUGUGGUGGCCCGCCAAGAACGUGUGGCUGACCAGGACACGCUCCACACUGGACCAGGCAGGGGUGCAGUCGGACUCGUUCCUCCACUUUACGCCCAUGCACAAGACACUGCGCGUGCAGCUGCCCGAUCUGAGGUAUCUCGACUACCGCGUCAACUUCUCGGCCAAGACCUUCGGGGCCGUGGUCAACCUAUGCAAGGACCUGGACAUACGCUACCCAGAGGAGCUGUCGCUCUGCAAGCCCGUGGAGCAGGAGCACCUGAAGAAGAACUUCUCGAAGCUGCCACAGAAGAAAAUCCCCGUGGCGGAGGCCAAUGGCGUCUCCUAUCUGCAGCCAGCGGCGGACACCAACUCCUUUGUGCCCAUUGCUGCAGCGUACAACGGAAGCAACGGCAGCCUGGACAGGUCGCACAACGGCAAUCUGCUGUGUGCCCCAGCCUCGCCAUAUGCCACGACACCAAGGCGCGCUGCCACGGCACCGGGAACACCGAUCAGCUCGCCCACGGGGACCUGGAAGCACAGCUCCAAUGGAUACACCAGCUACGAUUCGAACUCCAGCUUCGGUGACUUCCAGGAGAACCUGGCCGUCUCCCCCCGUUCCCCCAGUCCGGAUGUGCGGGCCCGUCUGGUGCGGCCGAAGACGCUGGUGGAGAAGGCACGCCUGAAUGUGGGCUGGCUGGACUCUUCGCUGUCCAUCAUGGAGCAGGGCGUGCGCGAGUAUGACACACUCUGUCUGCGCUUCAAGUACUUUACGUUCUUCGAUCUGAACCCCAAGUACGACCAGGUGCGCAUCAAUCAGCUGUACGAGCAGGCCAAGUGGUCCAUUCUCAACGAGGAACUGGAUUGCACCGAGGAGGAGACACUCAUGUUUGCCGCCCUUCAGUUCCAAGUGAACCACCAGACGGAGCUGCAUCCACCGGGCAUUGAUUCGGGCAUAGAGACGUCCAGCCAGGAGAAUGGCGGCGAGGAUGACAUUGAUUCGGCGCUGAAUGAGCUGCAAAUUACACUCGAGGGACCCAGCAAUGGCAAGGAUCAGGGCAACAUCACCAGGAUACCCGAGCUGUCCGACUAUCUGAGAUUCCUCAAGCCACAGAGGUUCACCCUCAAGGGCUACAAGCGCUACUUCUUCACCUACAGGGAUCUGCACUUGCAUCUGUACAAGUCGCAGGAGGAUUCGCGUCGCGGUGCUCCCUCCAUCAGCAUCAAUCUGCGGGGCUGCGAAGUCACCCCCGACGUCCAUUUGGCCCAGGGCAAGUUCGCCAUUCGUCUGGAGGUGCCGCCAGAGGGUCGCAGCGGUCCCAAUAGCGAGGUCUGGGUGCGCUGCGAGAACGAGGAGCAGUACGCCAAGUGGAUGGCUGCCUGCCGCCUGGCCGCCAAGGGCCGUUCCCUGGCCGACAGUUCAUACGACAGCGAGGUGAGCAGCAUUCGCUCGCUGCUGCAGAUGCAGAAGCCCGCCCAGGGCGCUCCGCUGACCAUCAAUCCGCGCACCGUCGAACCCAUGGACUACCUGUCGCCGAAGAUGCUGCGCAAGCUGUCCAGCAAGGCGGUGCAGCGGAUACUGGAGGCGCAUGCCAAUGUGAAGAAGUUGCCGCUGAUGGACUCCAAGCUGAAGUACAUACAAGCCUGGCAGUCCCUGCCCGACUUUGGCGUCACCCUGUUCAUCAUUAAGUUUGAUGGCCACAAGAAGGAGGAGCUGCUGGGCGUGGCACACAAUCGCAUAAUGCGCAUGGACCUCAAUUCGGGCGAUCACAUCAAGACCUGGCGCUACAACACAAUGAAGGCCUGGAACGUAAACUGGGGCAUCAAGUGCAUGAUGAUUCAGUUCCACGACGAGAGCGUGGUCUUCUCUUGCCAGUCGGCCGACUGCAAGGUGGUGCACGAAUUCAUUGGCGGCUACAUCUUCAUGUCGAUGCGCUCCAAGGAGAACAACCAGACACUCAACGAGGAGAUGUUCCACAAGCUAACGGGCGGAUGGUCGUAAAGGGAUCGAGCACAGACAGAGGUGUAGAUGUAGAUGGAACAGUACAGCAGCAGUCUUACAAGUGCCAAGCACAAACUUCGUCGCAUGUUUUUAUCUAUAUUUAAAGAGUUGUGUGUGUGCGUGUGUUGCGUGUGUGUAAAUGUUAAUGGAAGCAGCAAAUACCUUAGACUAAAAACGAAUGAUAACAAGCAAUGUUGUGCCUUUUAGCCAGAAAAGCAAUCUUAACCAAGUAGUCUCCCAAGUCAAUGUUUUACGUGUGUGUAACAGUCCCUCAAGCAGCAUGUUAAAGCUACAAAUUUUAGUCCAAAAUGGGGGGAGAGCAUGCCCAUCCAACGUGAGAUAUACAGCCCCUUUUUUACAACUCUUCGUACAGUUUAUUGUGUGUGGACUAACCAGCAGUUUUAUAUAUUGUAUAUUUAUUAAACAAAUUAAUAAGCAGAAUAAA